UAUUCGGGAUGGGUAUUUCACAUUGUUGAAAGACGCAUGGUUGCAUAGAAUUGCUUAAACCAACUUUAUUUGAACUUUGAUUGACAAUCAUACCACAUCUUCUUAUUUUUAUUUUGAUAGCACUAUACGGAGUUGCGCAGUAACAGAUUGGAUUUUUUUUUCAAUCUUUUAUUUAACUAUUUUUACAUUCAAAUAUGAAUACAAAAUUGAAUAUUGAAAUUUAUUUUGGUAUUUUGAUGUUAUGUUACCAAGGCAAUGCUCAAUGGACCGGCGCUAACAUGCCAGGUGGAAAUAUGAUGACUGGAAUCCCUCAGUGGCCUGGUGCAAAUAUGAUGUCUGGAAACGCACAGCAGCCUGGCGGAUUUGUUAUGCCAAGUGGCAAUCAGAUACGAGGAAUAUUCAGCGCUAUACCUCAAUGUGUUCCAGUUAAAAGCAUUAACUGUGAAAAAUACGGCUUCAAUUCCACUAAGUUUCCGAAUUAUAUUGGACACGCUCGUUUAGCGGAAGCUGAAAAUGCUCUGACACAGAUAUUUACAAACACUGUUUCAUGUCCUAUACCGAAAGCAUCCGCUGAAAUGAUUGGUUGUGCAACAAUGAUUCCGCUUUGUAUAAAUGGUAAAACGGUGCCCCCUUGUCAAGAAGAUUGUAGAGAGGUGAUAAUCAAAUGCAAAGUUAAUCAGAUACCUAAUUUUGAGAUGGCUGAAACGAUAUGUAGUUUAUUUCCAAAACGAGGCUCAACAUCAAACUGUAUCUCAAUACAAAAUACACCAUAAAUGGAAAACGGAUUGGAACAGAAAAAUAAGAAGAAAUGCUAGUACCAAGCUUUAUGAUAAAUAAAUUAUGUGAUGUUUUAUAAUACAUAUUGAAUUGUACAUUAUCUUUUGACAAAACUUCUUAAAAUGUUCAAUGACGAUGAAUGGCUGAUUUGUGUUAAGAGAGAGACAUAUCUCUUGCACGUAAAAGACACCAUUGUAGAUUUCAAAAAAGAGCAGGUUCGUGUCGCUACAAGGCAGCACUCGCACCCGCAAUUUGGAAAGGGACUAAUAUAAAUUGCAAUAACUUGUUUCACAAUCCACUUUAAACAAAUUUGUUUAAACAAAACCCGUCAGAUGAUUGGAGGCUAGGCAGACAGGCAAAACAUUUUACAGUACACAAAAUCCUUGGUAACAUCUACCGUCUUUUGAUGAAAAUAAACAGAAUAUUGAGAAAAUGCAUUUGCAAUUCUGUGAAAAUGUUCUUGGUGUUCGGAAUAGUACACCAAAUAAUAUGGUUUACGGGGAAUUAGGUCGGGUUCCGUUUGAUAUCUCUAUAAAAACUUAGGAUGGCAUCAUUUUGGUGCAGAACUUUUAAAACAGAGAGCAAACUGUCAAAUAUCCUUGUAAGACUUAUGAAUAAUCUACAUGAAACUAAUCCUACCAAAUUUAAAUGGAUUCAAUAUGUAAAAUCUAUAUGUGAUGAUACAGGUCUUAGUUUUAUAUGGAACGAUCAAUUAGUUGUUAAUAUUGAUUGGUUAAAAAGUAUGAUUGAACAGCGAUUAACAGAUCAGUACUAUCAGCAUUGGUUCUCGCAGAUACAUAAUGCAUCUAGGGGCGAAUUCUAUUCUUCAUUCAAACUCGAGUUUGGUUUGGAACCGUAUCUAUCGCGAUUACUACCCAAGGACAGAUAUUACAUAUCUGAACUUCGAUGCUCGAAUUUGAAGUUACCUAUUGAGACGGGUAGAUGGGUGGGGAUCGCGAGGGAAAAUAUGAUAUGUAGAUUAUGUAAUGAGGGAAUAGGGGAUGAGUUUCAUAUAUUGUUUACCUGUAAAAAUGCUGAUGUUUCUGCUCUUAGAUCAAAGUUUAUACCAAAUUACUAUGUAAUGAAUCCAAGCAAGAACAAAUUCACUGGCUUGUUAUCUAUAUGUUACGUACAAGUUCAAAGGAAAUUAUCAAUUUUCGUGAAGAAAAUCAUAAAAUACUUAAUCUAAUUAUACCAAUUGUCUUUUAAAAUAUACUAUGUAUUUGUGUUUCGUUUGUUCUGUCUCGCUAUGUAUUAUCUUAAUAUGUUUGUAUAUAUUGUCCUCUUGUACA